AUGUCGGACAGUAAACGCAGUCCUAACUCGCAAAUGUCAAAAAAGAUGUUGCUUGUGGAUUUAGUGGCUGAACAUUUCAGUGUAGUAGAAAAUAAUCGUACCGAUGCUGUUACUAUGAAACAGAAAAAUGCGAAGUGGGUAAAAAUUUCGGAAGAAUUUAAUUCUCAAACCACUUUUAGAUAUAGGACUGCAGAAAACGUAAAAGCACAGUGGGAAAGUCUAAAAAAAUCCACCAAAAAAGAAUCGUCUGCUGAAAGGCAAAGCUUGAUUCAAACAGGUGGUGGACCUGCAAAGCCUAAGCUUGAGGACAACCCACUAUCUUACUUUUCUUUAGCAAAAUCUUGGCUUUGA